ACGAGCUCGAGUUGACGAGCCUUUCAGCAGAAUAAGUUUUCCUAAAUGGAUAUUGCAAGAAGAUGCGUGAAAAGGCAGGCGAGUGAUCCUCAGCCGGGAAGUGACCUGAGCCAGCGCUGAGCAGUGAGCUCAUUCCACUCCCUCAAGGCUUCACCCAUGCCACCACUCCACCAUGCUAUACGGUCAGAUCCUUCACAGGCGUGGCCCUGAUGACAGCUUCCUCAACCUAAAUGUGGGCGGCUUCAAGCAGCGCAUGGAGCGCAGCGUCCUGCAACGUUUCCCCGGGACCCGUCUGGGGCGCCUCUUGGGCUGUGCCUCCGAGGAGGCCAUCUUGGAGAUCUGUGACGACUUUAGCCCCACCAACAAGGAGUAUUACUUUGACAGAAACCCAAGAUUUUUCCGCUAUGUCCUCAACUUCUACCACACAGGCAAGAUCCACCUGAUGGAAGAGCUGUGCGUCUUCUCCUUCAGCCAAGAGAUUGAGUACUGGGGCAUCAAGGAGCUCGACCUGGACUCCUGCUGCAGCAACAAGUAUCAGGAACAGAAGGAAUAUGCAGAGGACAACGACUGGGACCAGAGGAGCUACGAGCAGCAACAGCAGCUGGGUAGCAUUGACUCCUCCAUGGAGGAGCUCUCAACUAUGGAGAAGGACCUGGAGAGGUUUGAGGGUACCUGGUGCUCAGAGGUCCGCAAGAACAUCUGGCUACGUCUGGAGAACCCAGGCUACUCGUUUCUGGCCAAGGUGAUCGCCGUUGCCUCCCUGGCCGUGGUUUUGACCUCCAUUGUGGCCAUGUGCGUCCACAGCAUGCCGGAGUUCCAACAGUUGGAUCUCAAUGACAAGGAGAUUGAAGACCCGGUGCUAGCCAUGUUCGAGGCUGUGUGCGUCGUCUGCUUCUCCGUGGAGUUCCUUGUGCGCCUGGCUGUGGCACCGUGCGCCCGGAGGUUCCUGAGCAAUGCCCUUAACAUAAUUGACUUGGUGUCGGUGGUGCCCUUCUAUGCCACGCUGGCCUUCGAGACGGUGGACGGGGACAACGAGGAGCUCGAGAACGUGGGCAAGGUGGUGCAGAUCCUGAGACUCAUGCGCAUCUUCCGCAUCCUCAAGCUGGCGCGUCACUCCGUUGGGCUGCGCUCGCUGGGUGCCACGCUGAAGCACAGUUACCACGAGGUGGGCCUCCUGAUGCUCUUUCUCUCAGUGGGCAUCUCGAUCUUCUCCGCACUCAUCUACUUUGUGGAGAAGGAGUCGGCGGAGUCGGACAUAACAACCAUCCCUGUGGGCUGGUGGUGGGCCACAAUCAGCAUGACGACCGUGGGCUACGGUGACACCUGCCCAGUGACGGUGGUGGGGAAGAUGGUAGCCACCCUGUGCAUCAUCUGCGGUCUACUGGUGGUGGCCCUCCCCAUCACCAUCAUCUUCAAUAAGUUCUCCAUGUACUACCAGAGGCAGAAGGCCAUGGAUGCCCAUCAGAGCUAUAACGAGGCCGACCAAUGUGACAAGGACGAUGUUAAGACCCUCGAACCCAGUCUAACAUUCUUUAAUGCCGGGGACUUGUAUGCCCAAAAGAUGAAUGCAUUCAUCGGCAGUGUCUCUGUCAGAAGCAGUGUCAGCAUUAAUGGGGACACCCAUGCCUCAAGCAUCCAGGAUGGAGAGGCCACCUUUUAUGUCAGUGUUACUUGA